GGCACAAAUUAAUCCAGCAUCACAUAUGCCCACCAACGUAACUUUUAGAGAAAUAGACAUAAAUGUAUUAUAAGCCUCAAACCCCAAUCUAACCAAACCCGAAACCUAACUCAAGUAGGCAAACCAAGACAAAAAGCAACAGAGCAUUUAAAUUUAAAUUCAGCUGAACCUAUGACGUAAAAUGAACACGGCCAAGUGUAAUUUCUUGUGGUUUUGGUUUUGAAUAAAUCCAAUCACAGAUUUCGUAAUAUUUUGUUUGUAAACAAGCAGAAGGGAUAGAUGAGAAGUUGUUUGGUUGUGAUUGCGGUUGCGGUUGAUGGCGGUGGCGGUUGUUGUUGUUUUUAAUCUAUGUAGCAUGUUUCUUCUUUUGAUGUGAUUUUUAAUAACCAUUUCUUCGUUAGAAAACCUCAGCGUUCAGAUUUUCUUCUGAGUUUAGUGUGCUGAUAGGGAAGAAAUACUUGUUCGGACAGUUUUUUGAGAGGUGGUGGUUGUAAGUACUCCCCUAACCUCUCAAACUGUGUGCACUAAUCAGUGCCAUUAAACAAUCUGACUACUCCAUAAAUUUGAUUUGCUCGAAGAAUAUAAAUUGACAUGAAGAUGGCACAGAAGUCAUUCUUUUUGUCUCCAAAAAAAUUGAGCUGGAAGAGAAAGCGUUCAAACACUGAUGAAGAUGUUAUCAUAAUAUCUUCAUCUGAUGAUGAAGAUGAUGACGAUUAUAAAAAUGCAAAUAUUAAUGAUGGUGGUGAUGACGUCAUUUUAAUAUCUGACUCUGAUGAUAGCAGUGGUAGUAAUGAUUUGCAUAAAGUAUUUGCUAAAGCAGAAAAAAGGACUGCUUUAGAACAGAAAUUGACAUUAUUUGUAAAAGAAGUGGAUGACUGUAAUGACAGCGAUGAUAGUGAUAGUUUGCCGAACAUUUUCAUCAAAGAAGAAAAACAGUGUGUUCCAGAACAAAAAAUGACAAUAGUUAAAAAAGAAGAGGAUGACUACAAUGACAUUGUUAAUAGUGAUGAGUUGCCUCAUGUUUUUACAAAAGCAGAAAAAAAGAGUGCUGAUCAUAAUUCGUCGGAAGAACUGGGUUUCAAACAGCAUUUUGAAUAUUUCAGUGACGAGGGGUCCUGGAACUCAGAUAUUUCUGAUGAUAAACCAUGUCUUAAAACCAAUGAUGUAGAAGUUGAAAUGAUACCCUCUCCAGGAAAAAACUUCUCAUUAAAUAUAUCAAAUGUGUCAAUUGAUUUACAAAACGUGCGAAGAAAUAUGUUCAAUUCAAUAAUGACAGGAAGUUUGAGAGGAAUAAAUACUAUCUGUACUUUGAACCCUAAGUUAUGUGCUGACAAUCACAGCAGAGAACUUAUAUCAGGCUCACCAGUACCAACUGGACUCAUUUUUCAAUCAAUUAUUGAGACAGAAAUUUUAAAUGAAGAGAAACUGCAAUGUUUUGCUCUUAGAUUAAUGCUUAGAACUGUGGGCAGUAAAAAAUAUCUCAACUUAACUCUUGCAAACCUAUUGAUCAAACUUUUAGUUGGAUCAAGUGAUUUUAAUGUAGCAUCCUUUGCGGAUUUUUUGAUUGGAAUUACUGUUUUAAACAAGCAGCUGUUCUUUCACCCAACAUGCAAAGCGCGGAUGCGGAAAUAUUAUUUGAAGUUGUGUGAGGAUUGGUUUGAAAAAAUUCUGGAAAAGACAGAAGAAGCCUUAUUAGAAGAACAUGUAGAGGAGCAAGAAACUGACAGAAAUGGUGAUAAACCAUAUUCUGAAACUUCUAGCGAAUUUUUUGACAUUGCCAAUGUAGCUUGGCAAAAAGAAAAAGAAAAGGAGAAGAAAUAUUUUACCAAAUCUAAGGGCGAAAAACUGAAAAGAGUAACUAUGUUACUUAAAGUUUUUACAGACCUAUUCAAAAACAAUACCACAGUAUGGUUGGUAAAACACUGGACCAUAAAAUGUCGCCCAUUUAGGACAGAUAUAUCACCUGUUUUAUCACAGGUAACAUGGAAGGAGCGCAAUAAUUUUGGUUGUAUAAACCAAAAAGUUAAAAAAGUUUUUCAUCUAUUUUCAAAGAGUUGUGAAGAGCCCAGCUUGCAUGAACUUUGUAGAGAGUUAAUCAGUCUCUAUGCCAUAAUUAUUCAAAGGCAAGAAAAUGCUUGUAUCCCAUAUAUGGGUCCCAUUUCAAGAAAUUAUGCUGAAAGUCUCUACUUUGAAAUAAAAGGAAUGCCAAAUGUAUUAGAAACUGUCAGUAAUUUAAGACCAGAUUGGUUACAAUUCCAAGUAAUUUCAUUAAAACUUGGUGUAGUACAACCUCCCAAUUUUUUUAAAGUGAAGGAAGUGAUUGUAAAAACUCUCCAAGACAUUCAAGAAGGAAAGUUUGAGGGACCUGCGACAGAGGAGAAAAUGUGCUUUCAAGCCAUAAGAAGUAUGAUGGGGAUGUUAGAAUUGAAAUCAUCCAUUUCUCCAAGCUGCAUACUUCAGGAGGAAGUUAUGGAAGAUGAAUUUUUAUGGUUCAGAGAUUCCAUAAACCUGAAUAGCAUAUCUGAAAGUAUUAAAAAUAUUGCUAUUGUUUUAAAAUCUGUUGAAGGAAAGGAGGAAUUUUUUGAUGGUUUUGAGUCAUUUGUAAGUAGCUGAUAAAGGAUGAUUGUUUCAAUAAUAUGUGAAGGAAAUGCCUUCCUAAUACAAAUUUUAUUGUGUAUACAGUGUUAAUGAGUAAGACACACUGUGAUAUUAAAUUUAGUGAUAUUGUGAUAAUAAAGAUUGCUAGAAAGACAUACCCUUCUUUCCAGAACGCAGA